AUGAAUUCAAAUUGAAGAACAUGAAGAAGAAGAAGGUCAACAUCAUUGUGUCUGCGGAUGGUGUAAGGGUGGUUUUGAGAAAAAAGAAAAAGAGGAAAGAGUGGUCAUGGGAUGACAACACAGUCAUGAUAACACAAGACCCCAUCUAUAGGAUUUUCUAUGUGUCACAUGACGCCCAGGAAUUGAAGAUCUUCAGUUACAUUGCGAGAGAUGGACAGAGCAACAUGUUCCGUUGUAAUGUCUUCAAAUCCAAGAGGAAGUCCCAGGCCAUGCGCAUUGUGCGGACAGUGGGCCAGGCCUUUGACGUGUGCCACCAGCUGACCCUGCAGCAGACAGGGGAGCAGAGCUCUGAGGAUGGACUGGACACCAAUGCUGCCGAUGCAGAUGGGGAAGACGCCGUGCCAGCCAAGACGAGGUUGGCAUUGUCUGAAUCGACCGACCUUGAAGCCACCACAGAGGAGAGCAUCGACUGUUUGUCAUCUGACCUGGACAAGACCAAAAGCCAGGACCUUCUUGGUAAAGAUGGGAAGGACCCAGCCCUGCAGCUGACCUCCCCCAGCACGGGGCCAUCCGUGUCGGACCUGUUGGCCGUGGACUCCCCCCGCUCAGUGGAGCACCAGGUGCAGCUGCUCCAGAGACAGCUCCAGCAGCAGGAGCAGCAGGCCCAGGCUGCUGCAGCACAGACGUGUGUGCUCCAGGACCAGCUGUCAGUGGAGGUGCGUGCAAGGACAGACGCCCAGGCCCGGGUCCAGAGACUCCUGCUGCAGAACACUGACCUGCUGCAGCACAUCUCCCUACUGGUCAAACAGAUCCAGGAGCUGGAGCUCAAGGCUGCUGGAGGACUCAGCUCCAUGGGCUCCCAGGACAGUUUGCUGGAGAUCACCUUCCGUGCCAAGCCCCCCCUGCGUGACGCCCCCACAACCCCCACCUUCAUGGGCCCCCAGCAGGGUCAGCCCCAGAUCAACAGCGGCCCAUGGGCCUCCACCCUAACAGGGUCCUCUCCACCAGGGACCAGGGCCCCGGAGAGCCUCUCUCUGGGGCCUGGCGGCAGUGCCGUGAGGCUGGAGUGCUUCCGCUUCCCCCGCCGCGGAGGAGAGGAGCCCCACCAGAACCAAGACCAGGAGGGGGAGAGUCCAAGCUCAGGCGGCCCAGACGGGGACUCCCCUGUGGGUAGAGAGGAGGUCCUUGGAGCCCUGGAGCUCCUCCGGUUCCGGGAGUCAGGGAUCGGUUCGGAAUAUGAGUCCAACACGGACGAGAGCAGUGACAGGGACAGCUGGGGGCAGGGCGAGGGGGCGGGGCCUGAGGGCGCGGCACGCCUCUUCAACGUGCUGAACGCAGAGAGCCCUUCAGACUGCCUGGAUGAUGAGAUGGCUGUGUAGCCCUCCGCAGCUGUGCUUCACUCAGUCAUAUCAUAUACUGUAGUACUAUAGUGUUGUUGACAGUUCCUCCCUCCAAAUCUGCUCACAGUACUUUUGUUUGAUAUUUGUUUAUAUUUAUUAGAUAUUUGUUU